AUGUCGUCGAAGCCGAUUGACAACCAGGGUCCGACCAUCCUGGCCGUGUGCUGGAUCCUGGUCUUAAUCCCGGCCCUUAUUGUAGCCCUCCGGAUGUAUUGCAAGGUAAUAUUGAAUAGAGGAUUCGGAUGGGAUGACAUGGUAAUCAGUCUGGCCCUGGUAUUACUCCUCGUCUACACAGCGCUCACCACCCGAGGCGUCCAGAUGGGCGUAAUCGGUAAACAUGUUGGCGAUAUUGAUGACCCCAGUAAAACGCCUGAAGCGCUGAAGUUGAUCUAUAUUGGCAUGAUUAUAUGCAUCAUCAGCUGUGUGCUCAGCAAGACGUCCUUCGCCAUCACCCUGUUGCGCAUCGUGACGCGCCCCUGGCAGAAGGCGAUCCUAUGGUUUAUCAUCGUCUCUAUGAAUGUCAUCAUGUGGCUAUGCGCCAUCUGCUACCUGCUCCAGUGCAAGCCAGCUGCGGCACUCUGGCGUUCCGAGCUCAUGUCAACGGCGGACUGUUGGCCCAGCUCUAUCUUCCAAACCAUUGCUCUUACUGCCGGAGGUACUAAUCACAAAAAUGAUCCCGCGAGAGCAGAUGGGCUGACAUGUUUCCUAGCGUAUUCCGGAUGUAUGGAUUUUAUCUUGGCCUUACUGCCAUGGUUGGUGAUUUGGAAGCUGCAGAUGAAGCGACGUGAGAAGCUAGGCAUCGCGAUUGCUAUGAGUCUAGGUAUCUUUGCGGCAGCAACGGCGUUCAUCAAGACCACGAAACUAACGAACGUGUCUAACGUCGCCGAUUACACCUAUGCUUGCUCCGAGAUUCUCAUAUGGGCCUCGGCUGAAACGGGCCUGACCAUCUUCGCCGCCUCGAUUCCUUCCCUUCGCGUGCUGUUUGUUCGGAUGAGUUCCUCCUACAAUCGCAGUGAUGAGCCAUCUUCCUAUGCCUACAGCAGCUCCGCAAAGAAAAGCCGGAAUCGCCGUGGCCUGUCCGGAUCUCGCCAACGUGAUCCUUACUACUGUGGAGAUACGAUCAUCCUUCCCGACCGACGAGACGAUAAUAGUGCGAAAAGUAUUCUGGGCAGUUCAGGGAUCAAGCAGACGCAAGAGGUCCUUGUGACAUACGACCAGGGCCCAGAGGAGAACGAACAGGUGGCAGAUAGGAUAGAUAUUUUGCGCUCAGGGUCACACCGGUAG